CCAAUAGCACGGCGCCGGGGGGCGGGCGUCAGCGUCCGGCGGCGCAGGGCGGGGGGCGCGGGCCAAGCAGGAAGUGCUGCGGAGAAGCGGUCGCCGCCGGAGGGGUUGGGCCGCAGCCCGGGCCGCCGCCCGCUCAGCGCUCGACUCCGCCGUAGGCCCCACCAUGGGUGACAUGAAAACUCCGGAUUUUGACGACCUCCUGGCAGCGUUCGACAUCCCCGACAUCGACACCAACGAGGCCAUCCACUCGGGCCACGAGGAGGCUGAGGCUCACAUCAAGCCGGUUCCCGGCGAGCCGGGGCCGCCCGACCACGUCCUCCCGCACACCGACAUCACCGCUGUCAGCGUCAUCGUGAAGAACACGGUGUGCCCGGAGCAGCUCGAUGCGCUGGACGGGCGCAGUAAGGAUGGGCACGUCCUGGGGCCGCGCUUGCUGCAGAACGGCUUCGGGGCGGCCGAGCUGCCCAGGUCCCCCGCGGCCCGGUCCGUGGAAGCUGUGGCGUCCUCCAACGGGGAGUGCUGGGUGAAGGAAAAAGGCCCCAAACCCCUGGAUAUCUUCUCCCAUUUUAGCCCCGAUCCCAAUGAAGACAACGCUGCCAACCUGAUCGACAGAGCUCGCGAGUGCAAGCCGAAGGAGAAGUCCCUGGCCGUGCCCUCCCUCUCCCCGUCACCCACCCCAUCGCUGGACUGCAAGGAGCCCGGGGGGGAGAGCGUGGAGGGCCUUCCCCCCGCCUUCCCGCAGCCCUUCGAGGGCAGCCAGGCGGGGGGUGCGAGCGGGCCCCCUCCCUCCGUGCCCUGCAUCAAGAAAGAGGAGUCCGACUCCGAGGAGGUGGUGCGCGAGGCCAACCCGAAGGCUCUGGCUGCCGCGCUGGGGGGGAGUCCCCUGGAGCACCUGAAGUCGGUCACCGUCCGCUACUCCGCGGAGGAUUCUCCCAUCGCGUCCUGGCCCGGCUCCGACCCCAGCCUGGGCAGCAGCACCGGCAACCUGCCCGAGGUGAAGCGCUCGCCCAGCAGCCCGCGGGAGCCCUUCUUCAAACCUUCCUCUCCCGUGGUGCAGAGCCCCAGAAUCCCCACGUCUCCGAAGCAGCUGGACGACAUCGCCCUCAAGGAGGAGCACGAAGCUCUGGAGAAGUCGAUGGGAAGUCCGCAGAGUAUGUCCAGCGCUGAGGAAGAAGAGGAGGAAGAAGGCAACAACAACGAUUCCCCUUCUUCCAAUUCCUCACGGCCGCUGAAGGUGCGGAUCAAAACCAUCAAAACCUCGUGCGGCAGCAUCACCCGGACGGUGACGCGCGUCUCGUCGGACUCGGAGCCCGGCUCCGCCAAGGGCACGGCCGAGCUGAGCUCCGAGGACGCCGCUCUCGAGGCGGAGAAGGAGGACGGGAUCGCGCUGGAGGUGCCCCGGGAGAAGAUGGAUCUCUCCAGCCCCUUGAAAGCCAUCGAGGGGCCCAAAAUCGUCAGCGUCCAGCUCGGCAACGGCACCAAGAUCAAAGGGACCGUGCUGCCGGUCUCCACCAUCCAGAACGCCAGCAGCGCCAUGCUGAUCGCCGCCAGCGUGGCGCAGCAGAAGUCCGUGGUGCUGCCGGCCAAGACGGGCAAAGCCGUCACCAAGAACAUCAUCAACCUGGUGCCGCAGGCCCUGCCCAAGGCCGACACGCGGACCAACGUCAGCCCCGUGACGCAGACCGCCACCGUCACCACCACGGCCAACCAGAAGGUGAACGGCACCACCGUGGUGAUGGUGCAGCCGCAGAAGCCCUCCCCGACCGUCGCGGGCACCGUCAUUUCCCGCAGCCAGUCCAGCCUGGUGGAAGCCUUCAACAAGAUCCUCAACAGCAAGAACCUGCUGCCCACCUACAAACCCAACCUGAACCCCCCGGCUGAUGCCAGCCUGGCGCUGCCGCCCUUCGGGUACCGCUGCCUGGAGUGCGGGGACUCCUUCGCGCUGGAGAAGAGCUUGGCUCGCCACUACGACCGGCGCAGCAUGCGCAUCGAGGUGACCUGCAACCACUGCACCAAGCGCCUCGUCUUCUUCAACAAGUGCAGCCUGCUGCUGCACGCCCGCGAGCACAAGGACAAGGGGCUGGUGAUGCAGUGCUCCCACCUGGUCAUGAGGCCCAUCGCUUUGGAUCAGAUGAUCGGGCAGCCGGACAUCACCCCGCUGGUCUCCGUGGCUUCCUUCCCCGCGGGCAAAGUGGCCGGGGUGACUCAGGACGCCCUGGGCGCGGCCAACGGGGCCCCGGAGCUCCCCAUCCUGCCCCUGGGCGGCAGCGGCUCGGAGCAGAGCAACUACAGCUGCUUCAGGUGCCUGGAGUGCAAGGAGCAGUGCAAGGACAAGGCCGGGCUGGCCGCGCACUUCCAGCAGGCGGUGGCCGCGGGGACCACGAGCAGCACGGUCUGCACCACGUGCCCCAUGAUCAUGUCCAACCGCUGCAGCUUCAGCGCCCAUCAGCGGAUGCACAAGAACCGCCCCCCCCACGUCUGCCCCGAGUGCGGGGGGAAUUUCCUGCUGGCCAACUUCGAGGCCCACCUGAAGGAGUCCUGCCUGCACUUCUCCCGCAGAGUGGGAUACAGGUGCCCCAGCUGCGCCGUGGUGUUCGGCGGCGUCAACUCCAUCAAGUCGCACAUCCAGACGUCGCACUGCGAGGUGUUCCACAAGUGCCCCAUCUGCCCCAUGGCCUUCAAGUCAGCGCCCAGCGCCCACGCGCACGUCUACACGCAGCACCCCGGCUUCGGCAACCAGCAGUCCAAGAUGAUCUACAAGUGCGCCAUGUGCGACACGGUGUUCACCCACAAGCCGCUGCUCUCCUCCCACUUCGACCAGCACCUGCUCAACCAGCGCGUCAGCGUCUUCAAGUGCCCGGACUGCCCGCUGCUCUUCGCGCAGAAGCGCACCAUGCUGGAGCACCUCAAGAACACCCACCAGCCCCCGAAGCUGCGGGAGGAGCCGGCCAAGAAGGCGGCGGUGCUGCUCACCCCAAAGCAGGAGCCCAUGGAAACCCCCGUCCCCAAAAUCUCCGAUGAGUCCUCGUCCUCCACGGAGGAGGACGACCCCCCCAGCUCCCCGGAGCUGCGCAAGGCCAAGCGCAGCCGCUUCCAGCGCAAAGCGAGCAGCAAAUCCAAGGGCAGCGGCUGGACCUGCGGCGUCUGCCACUCGUGGUUCCCUGAGCGCGACGAGUACGUGUCCCACAUGAAGAAGGACCACGGGAAGUCGGUGAAGAAGUUCCCGUGUCACCUCUGCGAGCGCUCCUUCUGCUCCGCCCCCAGCCUGCGCAGACACGUCCGCGUCAACCACGAAGGGAUCAAACGCGUCUACCCGUGCCGGUACUGCACGGAGGGCAAGCGGACCUUCAGCAGCCGCCUCAUCCUGGAGAAGCACAUCCAGGUGCGGCACGGCAUCAAGGUGACCGACCAGACCAAGAGCCAGGAGGUCAUCAUCGCGCGCAUCGGGGCCGGCGCCGCGCAGGUGCCCGGCCGCAAGCGGAAGCUCUCCUCGGACGACGGGGACUCGUGCAGCGAGGAGCCCGACAGCACCACCCCCCCCUCCAAGAACCCCAAAGGCGACCGCAAAGCGCCCUUCCGCUGCCGCAAGUGCGGGUACCUCGCCAGCAGCGCCGCCGACUUCCAGGAGCACAUCCCCCAGCACCGGACUGACGAGAGCUCCCACCAGUGCCGCGAGUGCGGGCUCUGCUUCACCUCCCAGGUGUCCCUCAACCGGCACCGCUUCAUCACCCACAAGAAGAAGAAGGGGACGGCGGAGGCGGAGGAGCCGGGCCCCCGCAGCCCCCUGGAAGGAGCGCAGCCCGCGGCCGAUGGCGCGCUGUCCUGCACCGUCUGCGGCCGCAGCUUCGACAGCCAGCUGAACCUCAAGACGCAUUUCCGCACGCACGGCAUGGCCUUCAUCCGCGCGCGGCAGAACGCCAGCCCCGAGAACUGAGAGCUGCCCGGCGCCUUGGGGUGUGUACAGAACCCACGCGAGUGGGGGGCGGACGGAGCCCCCGGGAACCCCUUCCUCCGCCCUCGGGGGCAGCGCAGGGCGAUGGGGCGGAGGAAGGCGCCGCGAGGAGGGGUCCGUGCCCAGCACCGACCCCAUCGGCCCCGGGUCCGCCCGCCCCGGGCUGAGAGCAGCGGAACCACACGGAACCACACUGCGGGUCUGGGCAGGAGCGGGGGGCACAGCCCGGGCGGCCCCGUCCCCACUGAGCCACAGAGAACGGCAGCUCCCAGCAGCUCCCAGCAGCUCCCAGCAGCUCCCAGCCACUCCCAGCCGCUCCCAGCGCCGCCCGCGUUCACCGCUCUGUGCCGGAGCAGCGCAGGACACGGGGACCUGAGCUCAUCCCCGCCGCCACAGCGAGAUCCAGCUCCCGAGUGUUCGCUUUGUUUUCCUCUUUUCUUCUUUCCCUCUUUAACACUUCCCAUGGAUCUGGCCGUGCGCUCCCAUCGCCGCAGAGACGCUGCUGCCACCGCUCGGCCCCGCAGCCGCUCCGUGGGGCGGGGGGGGCUCUCCGCUCGGCCCCGCAGCCGCUCCGUGGGGCGGGGGGGGCUCUCCCUGUGCCCCCAGACCCACAGCGCCGAUGUGUGGGGCGGCGCCGCGUCCUCCGAGGACGGAGCAGAACCCUGGGAGCUGCGGCCGUGCCCCCCCUGUACAGUUGUACCAUAGACACUAAACGCGACGAGGAAAAAAAAAAAAAACUACUGUUGUGAUUUGGGUUUGGUUUUGUUUUGUUUGUUUUUUUUAUUUUUGGGGUGGUUGGGGGGGGGGCUUGCGGUUUUUUUUUUGUUUGUUUUCGGUUUUUUUUUGUUGUUGUUUUGUUUCUGGGGCGUUGGGGACGGGCGGACUCGGCUCCUUCAAAACGAAUCCUCAAAACCUCCUCGGAAAAAGCAGAGAAGCAAAAGGAGAAGGACGGGAGCGAGGCCCCGCGGGGGCAGCGACCGCGAGACGCUGGGAACAGGAGAGCGGAACCUCCAGGCGUUCCCAGCACUUCUAGGAGGAAACGACCCCAAAUCGUGCCGUGACCCCCAACCAUCAUCGCGCCGUGACCCCCGAUCAUUGCACUGUGACCCCCAAUCAUCGUCGCGCCGUGACCCCCAACCAUCGCGCCGUCAUCCCGGAAUCAUGGCACUGUGAGCCCCCCUCGUUGCGCCGCGGUCCCGAAUCCUUGCUCUGUGAUCCCGAGUCGCACUGUGGGGUUGUGCAGCACUUCAGUGCCUUUUCAGAUCGACUUCUGUUCGUGUGCGGGGCCAGGGGGGGGAGCGCUGUGCGUGGGGUUGUGAUUCUGCUUCAGUAACGCUACGGGCACUGCAGAGGCUCUCAGGUAUCCUUUAUUCUUGUAGUCAUAACGCAAUUAAACUUUUAGUGGUUUAA